GCAGAUAACAAUAUAAUGUGUUUGACAGUUUAUAAAGUCACAGUGGCUGGAUCGGAUCUGAAACAGGACUCUGACAUCUAUGACCUGAAGGUGGAGCAGGUGCUGAAAGAAGGCACCGAUGUGGAUGUUGAGGGGAAAGUGAGACCAUUUUUGGCUCGUCCAAGUUGCAGAAACCAUUUGGGAUUGGUAGAAGGCAAGUCGUACCUCAUCAUGGGCAGAUCUGUUGACCUGCCAGAGCUCGGGGGACGGUAGGUGUCCAUUGUGUGUCUUCAAAAGAGCA